AUGGGAAGAUCAAGAAAAGGGUGCAUGAAAGGCAAAGGAGGUCCAGAGAAUGCACAGUGCACAUAUAGAGGUGUUAGGCAAAGAACAUGGGGUAAAUGGGUGGCUGAAAUUAGAGAACCAACUAGAGGAACCAGGAUUUGGUUAGGCACUUUUAAAACUUCCCUUGAUGCGGCAAGGGCUUAUGAUCAGGCUGCAAUAAAGCUCUAUGGUCCCUCAGCUGCCCUCAAUUUGCCACAUGAUCACAUGCCAGAUAUUCCUCUUAACAGCAAUAUGAUCUCCACAGGUCUUGAAAGUAGUACAUGUCACCUGCAAGAUGCUACAGUAUGUAGUCAAGAUGUUGGUGCUGGUGUUACUAGUGGGCCAAUUGGUGCAAGCUGUUUAGCUGUAUCAGAAACUACAAUUUCUAGUCAGGGUUCAGCUAGAGAUAUGGAUAAUAUUAAUGGCCGGUUUUGGGAGACUACUUCAUGUUCAGAUUUGGUUGUAGGCGGAGAAAGGUUGUAUUCGCCUGAGUUGCCUUUGGAGAAUGACUUAUUGGAAGUGAAUGGUGUCGGGGUUCCACUGGGAGGUUUAAAUAUGGGUAGUGGAGAAGGGUUUAGUGGAUGUUGGGAUGGGUUUCAAGAUCCAUGGAACUUUUAA